CUCCCGUCCCGCAGCGCCUUAUAAAACGCAGGUGCCUGGUGGAGAGGCGACCAGCGCAGCCUCCUCUCAGACAGGGCACCAGGGACUAGGGGACCAGGGACCAGGGACCCAUGACACCCUCGUUGCUGCUAUCGCUGCUCGUCCUCGGCUCAGGACAUUAUGCUGCCGGGCUGGACCUCAAUGACACAGACUCUGGGAAAGGUGGGCCUUUGUUGCCCGGGGGCCACAGUGAUGGUGGCCUUGAGGUUAUGACAAACAGUGAGAUGCUCUCCCCUGCAAGUGCCACGCCUUCUUCCAGGGAACUGUCCUCAGGGGCGGAGGAGGACUACUCAGAAGAGGAUGACACAGAGCCGGGAACAUCGGGGUACAUCGUGGGUGACUCUGUCAGAGUUGAACAGGUAGUGAAACCCAAGAAAAACAAGACAGAAGGUGAAAAGACUUCAGAUAAACCCAAAAGAAAGAAAAAGGGAAGCAAAAAUGGAAAAAGUAGAAGAAACAAGAAAAAGAAAAAUCCUUGUGUUGCAGAGUUUCAAAACUUCUGCAUUCAUGGAGAAUGCAAAUACCUAGAGAACAUGGAUAGGGUAACCUGCCAAUGUGACCAGGAUUACUUUGGAGAACGGUGUGGGGAAAAAUCCAUGAAGACUCACAGGAUUGCUGGUCAUGACUUGUCAAAAAUCGCGUUGGUGGCCAUCGCUGCUUUCGUCUCUGCUGUGAGCCUUACAGCCGUCGCAGUGGUGAUCACAGUCCAGCUUCGGAAGCGGUACUUCAGGGAUUAUGAAGGAGAAGAAGAACGAAAGAAGCUGAGACAAGAAAAUGGCAACACACAUGGCAUGGCAUAACUGAGGAUGAUACAGGACAUCAGGUUGGAGUCGUUGCCCCAUCUCAGAGUAAAUGAUGAGCUGGUCUCCUUUCAUGAAGAAAAGGGAAACUUCUGGUGGUUUUGUCACUUUUUAUGCUAAGUCUUAUGUCUGUACAUAAACAGAUGCGCG